GGCGUAACCAGGAAGCGCGGUGAAAGCGCCUUGCCCUGGAAGAGCAUCGACUUUCGCUUCUUCGCCGAUCAUGGCUGCUAGCAACCGGGGCACGGAGUUAGAUCUCACAUGGCUUUCACGGGUUCGGGUGAAUCACCCAGCUGUUCUAAAGCGGGCAGCGCAGAUUGAAACGCAACGGGCCAUGAAAAAGAGUUGGCUGGCAGCUUGGCUUUUGAGAGCCGUCACCUGCAUAGACCUCACCACCCUUUCUGGAGAUGACACCCCGUGCAGUGUUUGCCGAUUGUGCCACAAAGCCAAGCAUCCCAUCCGAGAGGAUUUGUUACAAGCCUUGAAAAUGCACGAUAAAGGCAUCACCACAGCAGCUGUUUGUGUCUAUCCCAGAGUAGCCGAUGCAGUUAAGGCUCUCAAAUCUGCUGGCUGCCAUAUCCCAGUAGCUUCAGUGGCAGCUGGAUUCCCAGCAGGACAGACGCCUCUAAAAACUCGUUUAGAGGAGAUCCAGCUAGCCGUGGAAGAUGGGGCCAAAGAGAUUGAUAUUGUCAUUAAUCGAACCUUUGUACUGACAGGCCAAUGGGAAGACCUUUAUGAAGAAAUCCGUCAAUUCCGCAAGGCCUGCGGCGACAUUCACAUGAAAACUAUCUUGGGGACAGGAGAUCUGGGAUCGCUUACAAAUGUCUACAAAGCCAGUCUUGUAGCCAUGAUGGCAGGAUCCGAUUUUAUCAAGACGUCUACCGGAAAAGAAGCGGUGAAUGCUACUUUCCCAGUGGGGCUGGUCAUGGUGAGAGCUAUUAGAGACUACUACUGGAAAACUGGCUAUAAGGUUGGAUUCAAACCUGCAGGAGGCAUUCGCAAAGCCAAAGAGGCCUUGAUCUGGCUUUCCCUGAUGAAGGAGGAACUGGGAGAAGAAUGGUUGAAACCAGAACUUUUUCGCUUGGGUGCCAGUACUUUGCUGGGAGACAUUGAAAAACAGAUUUAUUAUCACGUGACCGGCAGAUACCCAGCUUCCUAUGACCUGCCCAUGGCUUAGACUGGUGACGGAUUUAUGCUGUGAAAGAGAGAAAGAUUUAAACCAACAAUGUUCUGGAUUAUUCCCACCCCCCCGCCCCCCUCCCCGAAACCAGGUCCUUACUAAGUGCUUUACAAAACGGAUUAAAACUGUGAUGCCUCCAUUUCACAGUUUCAGUGUUCUUAGAAUGGCCCAAGGCCCAGGUGAAUCAAUGGAGAAAUCUUUGAAUGUUGAAAAUGUCUAGUGUUAAUAUUUUGUAGGCACACAUCGUCUUCAGCCUGGAUUUCAGGAAACAAACAGGAAACGAUUAUUUUAGGGUGAAUUUUGUACUUGAAAUUAAGCAUUUGUCAAUUGCCAUAUAUAUAAAUAAAGUGUACCAAAAACUAACGAUCAGCAAUGUUGGAAUAGAUCAUGAUAAAAGCACCUCAGUGGCUCAAGAGUUUCAAAAUGAUGCUAUUUAGUCUAUUUAGAAAGCAUAUGAAUCCAAACUGGUGUGUGUUAUGAGGGGAAGAUAUAACUGUGGCCCAACCUUGCAGUCCUGACUAGGAGUGUGCUCAAUCAAUCAUGCCUUCUUCACGUUAAGAAAUAACAGUGGAAUUAUUUGAAAUCUUUUCUUCCCCUGAAAAGGUUCUACAGAGCAGGGGUCUCCCACCUUGGCAACUUUAAGACUUGUGGACUUCAACUUUCAGAAUUCCUCAGCCAGCAACCAAUCUAGCCAAAGUUAUCUGAGAUUCUAGUAGCUUGUUAUCUGAAUUCUCUCAUACAUACAACUAACAGGAUGUGACAGUACUGAAAAGGGCCAGAAGUUUUCUGGGCCAAAUUAGCAUAGACAUCAUCACCCUAUCAGCAAUUGCAAGAAUUGCUACCCUGUUUCCCCGAAAAAAAGACCUAACCAGAAAAAUAAGUUCUAGCAUUUUUUCAGGAUGCUCAUAAUAUAAGCCCUACCCCCAAAAUAAGCCCUAGUUAAGAUUGUCAGCCAAGAUUUGGAUAAGAAUUUGGUGGAUUAUUCAAAAUGUACUGAAGAAGAAGAUAAAGUUCCUGCCGCAAUUUUUCCUUUUGGGAAUUAUAAAGGAUUGUACAGGGAUUGAGACUAAAUUGAUUCUGAAUUUAAUAACAGCAGCAAGACUGUUGAUUGGACAAUUCUGGAAGAAAGAAGAGGUACCUACAAUAGAAGAAUGGAUACUGAAAGUCAUUAAUUUGGCUGAGAUGGCUAAAAUCUCAGCUUUUUAAAAAGACAAUAUGCAGGAAAGAUAUUUAAUUGAAUGGAAAAAAUGGAUUGAUUAUCUACAAAACAGAUAUCAGAUUAAGAAAUAUCAGAUUGCCUUUGAAUAAUUAGGAAGUAUUAUUUUAUGUAAUGGGGAGGGGGUUGGGAGAUGAAAAGAUUUGGAUGAGGUUAAUUGGAUUAGAAGGGAAAAUUUUACUCUAUGUUUGGUUUAUGUAUAACAAUACCUUGUGAUUGACCC